GCCUAGCUGCGCGAGAGUUUGUGCUCGCCCAACCGAGUUGUCGUGUUGCCCUCGCUUCUCAGAUCCCCGCCGGAAGUGUGGGUAAGAAACUUCUCUCUUCUUUUCUUACAGUGUGCGCUCACCUAGACUGCCGGGCAGUUAGGAUCGUCUAUUGGAUGUGAAACCAGAGAUGCCCGCCAGCCUGGAAUAGAGAGGAAGAGAGCAAGCAGAUUUGAACCUAUCUGCUUUCAAGCUGGUCAUCACGAUGAAACUUAGACACAAAAAUAAAAAGCCAGGUGAAGGUUCCAAGGGCCACAAGAAGAUAAGUUGGCCCUACCCUCAGCCUGCAAAGCAAAAUGGGAAGAAAGCAACCUCCAAAGUGCCCUCUGCACCUCAUUUUGUUCACCCCAAUGAUCAUGCCAAUCGAGAGACUGAAUUAAAGAAGAAGAGGGUUGAGGAGAUGAGGGAGAAGCAGCAAGCUGCCCGGGAGCAAGAAAGACAAAAACGCAGGACCAUCGAGAGCUACUGUCAGGAUGUCCUAAGACGCCAGGAGGAGUUUGAGCAUAAGGAGGAAGUUUUGCAGGAAUUAAAUAUGUUUCCUCAGCUGGAUGACGAGGCCACAAGGAAGGCUUAUUACAAGGAGUUCCGUAAGGUGGUGGAAUACUCUGAUGUGAUUCUGGAAGUCCUGGAUGCCAGAGACCCAUUAGGCUGCCGCUGCUUCCAAAUGGAGGAGGCUGUCCUGCGAGCACAAGGCAACAAGAAGCUGGUCCUGGUCUUGAACAAGAUUGACCUGGUCCCCAAGGAGGUUGUGGAGAAAUGGCUGGAUUACCUUCGGAAUGAGUUGCCAACCGUGGCUUUCAAGGCCAGUACCCAGCAUCAGGUCAAAAACCUGAAUCGUUGCAGCAUGCCAGUAGAUCAGGCCUCUGAGUCACUGCUGAAAAGCAAAGCCUGCUUUGGAGCUGAAAACCUCAUGAGGGUUCUGGGGAACUAUUGCCGCCUUGGUGAAGUGCGCACCCACAUUCGUGUGGGUGUUGUGGGUCUUCCCAAUGUUGGGAAGAGCAGCCUGAUCAAUAGCCUGAAGCGCAGCCGCGCAUGCAGCGUGGGAGCUGUUCCUGGAAUUACCAAAUUCAUGCAGGAGGUCUACCUGGACAAGUUCAUCCGGCUGUUGGAUGCUCCAGGCAUUGUCCCAGGGCCCAACUCAGAGGUGGGCACCAUCCUGCGUAACUGCGUCCACGUGCAGAAGCUGGCAGACCCUGUGACCCCAGUGGAGACCAUCCUGCAGCGCUGCAACCUGGAGGAGAUUUCCAACUAUUAUGGCAUCUCUGGGUUCCAGACCACUGAGCACUUUCUGACGGCAGUGGCCCACCGUUUGGGGAAGAAGAAGAAGGGAGGCUUAUACAGUCAGGAACAGGCGGCCAAAGCUGUCCUAGCUGACUGGGUGAGCGGGAAGAUCAGCUUCUAUAUACCACCACCAGCCACUCACACUCUGCCCACCCAUCUCAGUGCUGAGAUCGUUAAGGAAAUGACCGAGGUCUUUGACAUUGAGGAUACUGAACAGGCCAAUGAAGACACCAUGGAAUGCUUGGCCACUGGAGAAUCUGAUGAGCUGUUGGGUGACACGGACCCACUUGAAAUGGAGAUCAAGUUGCUGCAUUCUCCGAUGACGAAAAUAGCAGAUGCCAUUGAAAAUAAAACCACCGUGUAUAAGAUUGGAGAUCUCACUGGGUAUUGCACCAAUCCGAACCGUCAUCAGAUGGGGUGGGCUAAACGCAAUGUGGACCACCACCCUAAGAGCAACAAUAUGGUGGAUGUCUGCUCAGUGGACCGCCGCCCAGUGCUGCAGAGGAUCAUGGAGACGGACCCCCUGCAACAGGGCCAGGCUCUGGCAUCUGCCCUGAAAAAUAAGAAGAAGAUGCAGAAACGUGCAGAUAAAAUUGCCAGCAAGCUGUCUGAUUCCAUGAUGUCUGCUCUCAACCUCUCUGGCAAUGCUGAUGAUGGUGUUGGUGACUAAUCGACUGAUCUCACUUCCCUUCCACUCCAAGCACCAGUUCCGGUGGUACGGGGGAAUACCAGUGAAAUAGUUUGGUUCUCCCUGAAGCAUCUGCAUAUUGAAAGAACGCUUUCCCCACUAUGUGUCUUCUCCCCCUCCUCCAGUAAAAACAGUCCCGGCUGGGUGCUGUGGCUCACACCUGUAAUCCUAGCACUUUGGGAGGCCGAGGUGGGCAGAUCACCUGAGGUCAGGAGUUCGAGACCAGCCUGGCCAACAUGGUGAAACCCCGUCUCUACUAAAAAUACAAAAAAAAUUAGCCGGGCUUAGUGGCAGGUGCCUGUAAUCCCAGCUACUUGGGAGGCUGAGGCAGGAGAAUCGCCUGAACCUGGGAGACUGAGGCAGGAGAAUCGCCUGAACCGGGGAGGCAGAGGUUGCAGUGAGCCCAGACGGCACUAUUGCACUCUCGCCUGGGUAACAACAUGAAACUCCGUCUCAAAAAAAAAAAAAAAAAAGUCCCAAGGGGCUGUAGCUGCCAAAUCCAAUACCCUCUAUUUAACCCCUACUCUGUUUUACAAGAGAAGUAAAAGAAGUAUCAGCAGAGCUCAGGUGCUAACACCUGUUGAGGGCUGACCUACAAAACUCUGCCUACAAAACUCUCUUAGACAGGUGAAUAUGCUACUAGAAGUUAGGUUGCUGGUAGACCUGGGGGUCCCUGUGGGAGGGUGAUGGUUUCUUUACCACCCCACAGGAGAUUUCAGUGGCAAGGCAUGCCUGCAGUGGGCUUUGGGCCAUGCAUCUUCCAAGUCCAUAGGUCUUCACCUGGGUGGCAGUGAGAGAAAUCAGAAAGUAAUGAGCCUCCUGUGUCUCUGGAAGGUUCUAGGAAUAGGGUAGAGGGAAGAAGAGAACAAACAAGCCUGGCUUGUGCUGAAUUAUGGUAGGCACUACCCUGUUUGCGUGAAGAGAAAA